UCUUCCUUUCUCAUCUCUCCCGUCCUCGACUUCCUAUCCCAGCCCGGUCAUAUCAACUUACCUAGUUCCAACCACUCUCUCAUACCAUACUUCUUCAACCACAUCUAUACUCUUGUCAGAUCACUGGUCUUCAGUGUUGCACCAUUGUCACCUUGUUUUAUUAGUUCAACGUCUGUUGUCCUUCGACAUAUCUUACCACAAUGGCCACCCAUCACUAUCAAUCCCCUGCCCUCCCUAUCAAUGUUCCCUCCAAAGCUCCUGCCCCAGCCGGUCUCUAUCCCGUCAGUCGUAUAUCUGGCUCUCCUCCAGAUGUCUCUGACACCAGCACCACUACGGGAAGUCGCACCUCCGCUGGGUUCAGCUAUGGCUCCGGAAGCGUGGGCGGCGAGUACGAGACCAGUGCCGCUUCGUACUCCGGAAUUGAUGUUAUGGACGUUCUGAGUGAUCGCAUGCAGAAUGUGUUUGAUCCGACCCCAUUGGACAAAGGCCUAGCAAAGCAGGCGCAAACGUCUGGCCAGUUGAACGCAAAGCAGCGAGAACUUCUUGAGUUGCAAGCACUCGCUCAGCGCCGAUUGAAAGGUGCCCGCGCCAAUUUCUCAGACGGUAUCAAGGUUGCCCGUGAGACCAAGCGGGAUCUUGAGUGGACCCAGAAACGCGUAAAUUCCCUGAAGACAAAGGCCGAACGUGCGCACCCUGAUGAGUACCGACGAGCGGCGAAGAAGUACACUUUUGACGACGACAACUGAUCUCCCCGUGGAGAAAAUGAACCUUUCAUCGUUUUUCUUUUCUUUUCAGGGGCACGGUAUAUAUUUAUUGGCGGCGGUCAUGAGUUCAUGUUUAAUUAUCUUUUCGCGGGAUGGAUCAAUGGUUGUCAUUUCUCUGUGAUCCAGCCUAUGGCUGGUUCACGGAUUGGCGUUUUGGGACGGUCUGCUGUUUAUAAUCGAUUUCCCACAAACUGAUGUUGGGCGCGUUCUUGUGUCUACUGCUUUUACCUGGAUCCACUCACGUGCACGUUGUCACCCCGGUUCCUUCCAGGUACCAAGCCAACGGGAC